AUGGGCCGCAGCAUCCCCCUGGACCUGGUGAACCACCUGGCCCUGCAGCUCAGGAACGCCAGCCGGUCUGAGGAGGACCAAAGGAAGGACCUGGCCAGUGCCCUGGAACAGCUGCUGCAGGCCCACCCUCCAGACAUGGACAAGGAGAAGGCUAUACUGGUGCUGGCCCUGCUGCUGGCCAAGGAGGUAGCCAAUCACAUGCCAUCCUUGCUACGUGAUGUCUUCUGCACAACAGUGAAUUUCAUUAACCAGAACCUACAGGCCUACAUGAGGAGCUUAACCAGAAACGAGAUGGACUGAAUGGACGGUUCCGAAAGCAUGACUGGCUACAGCUUGGUGUGGCCACAGCCGGGUAGCUGCUUCAGUGCAGGUGGACCCCUGGCAUGUCAACAGCAUUCCUAGAGAAGACGGGCU